GCCGAGUGGCUGUGGCAGUGGCGGGGAUGUGAGCGGUGUUUAACGGCUCUAGACUGACAGGGAGGAAGGGAGUUUGGCCGCCGGGACCAUGCAGUCAGUGCUGGCCUAUGGCCGCAUAGUGGCUCGAACUGUGCUGGGAGGCGGCCUGAGGCAGUCGGAAAGGCGGGAAUACCGGCUCAUCACCGUCAGCUGCGGCUUCGGCAAGGACCUCCGCAAGGGCAGCGGCGGCGGCGGCGGCACCGCCAAGGGCAGCGGCUACGGGGACGAUGCCUGCUUCGUGGCUGCUCACCGGCUGGCAGAUGUACUGGGGGUAGCAGAUGGUGUCGGAGGCUGGUGGGAUUAUGGUGUGGACCCAUCCCAAUUUUCCACUACAUUGAUGCAAACAUGUGAGCGACUUGUUCAAGAAGGACUCUUUGUACCCAGCAACCCUGUGGGUAUCCUGACUGCUAGUUACAAUGAAAUGCUACAGAACAAGGCUCCAUUACUGGGUAGCAGUACUGCUUGUCUUGUAAUUCUGGACAGACAGAAACGCUGUUUGUACACAGCUAACUUGGGAGACUCUGGCUUCCUCAUAGUGCGUGAUGGGAAGAUCAUACACCGAUCAGAUGAGCAACAGCAUUAUUUCAACACUCCCUUUCAGCUGGCAAUCGCACCCCCUGAGGCCCAAGAUUCUAUUCUCAAUGAUAGCCCUGAAGCAGCAGAAGGUUCCAUGUUCAAUGUAGAAGUGGGUGAUAUCAUUCUUACGGCAACAGAUGGGCUCUUUGACAACAUGUCAGACUACAUGAUCUUGCAACAGUUACGAAAAUUGAAGGACUCAAGUUACCAAAGCUUGAAUGAAACAGUGAAAAGCUUAGCUAAACGGGCACAACAGUUGGCAUAUGACCCAAACUAUAUGUCUCCCUUCGCACAGCAUGCCUGUGAAAAUGGACUCAAUGUCCAAGGUGGAAAGCCAGAUGACAUCACUGUGCUAUUAUCAGUAGUGACUGAGAGCAAAGAAUGAAGAGAAAUCUUACCUCGUUGACUCCAAGCUCCAAGCUGACACACCUCAAAGGGUGGCAACCCUGAAUCCUGCAAAACUCUGUUGGGGCAUCCUGUCAGAAGUGACUUUUGAUCUAUGCAGAUUACCACAGUCAAGGAAUUCAAGCAGUUGAAAUAUUGGGUGAUCUAUUCCGUCCUGUAGUUUGGAAAAAUUACACUAUCCGUACUCGCUUUUUACAAUCUCUGGAGGCUUUGUAAAAUAUCUUGAGAUUUUAAGAACUCUACAUCUUGCAUUGUCUCCAUUCCAUUGCAAGUAUCUUCACCUCUUUCUGUUUGGCCAUUAAACACUGAAGGUAAUCAUCUAGUUUUCUUGAACAAUUUGAUGCCUUGAGCGAUUCAUGGAAACUUGAUCUGCUCUAAGGUGUUUUUUAUUUAAACUUUUGUCAAACAAAUGCUUUAAUGUAUUGGUCUAAGUACCAUUUACUAAAAAGUUAAUUCGUUAAUUACAAAAGCUAAUUUUAUUUUUACUUUUUGCCCAGUCAUAAGUUUGAGUAAAAUGCAUUGUUAUGUGUGAAUGAUGUGGGAGGCUCAUGCCCUUUUCCCUUUGUGUCAAAUGUCACUGAAAAGUGUCAGUUUUUGUGUUAAUUUAUAUUCCCUUCUCAGAAUCUAACUGAAAAGAGCAAAAUUGUAAUUUAUGUACAAGAGAAUUCUUGAAUUUUCAAACCCAAAUGCAGGAUGCAAUUUUGACAAAAAGGUGGUUUUCUGCACUAGGUGCCUGCUGGAACAUGUUUCCAGAAUCAAACUCUUUCAAGUCUGAAUGGCAGCCAUUACAGUGCCUAAUAAUCCACUGUACUGAGAAACAGACCAGUUGUAGAAUCUUCAUAGUAUAUCAGCAUGGCCGCCACUACAUUUACACUUCUUCAAAUAAAAAUGCAUAGUGACUAUUUGGCCUCUAUGCCACGGACUGUUCUGAUCCAAAGAUGUUUUACCGACCUGAUUUGUGGGCAAUCUAUUUGGAUUUCACUGAGUUUCAACCACUGUUAGAUUUGUUAAUAAUUGAUUUAAGUGUCACUACAGAAUCGUUAUGCUGUGAACAACCUGCAGAGCUUGGGCAGAAGAGCACAGUGAGUUUUUAAAUGUCUCAUGGAGUAUGUCGGAAAUCAGCAAAAUGGAUCAUGCAAGAGAUCUGUGAUCCUUCAUCUUAAAUAUCACUUGACAUGUGACAAAUCCUGUGCUGGUUAUUUAUCCACCGAAUAAAGCGCACAACCCUGGUGGAGAUCUUUAAAAUAUGAAAACUGCUAGCUGAAAUUAUAGAAAUGUAACAAUCGAUUCAGAAGUUUCAAUAGUACUGGUGGGUUGUGCCAUCUCCUUAAUUACAUUCUUUCAAACUCAUCUAGUCAGUUUAUAUUUGACAUAUUUUAUUGUGAGUUUUCUAAGCUUAGUAUUGUGGCUUCAUUAUGCUUUGAAUCUCUUCCAAGUUGGUCAUUUGACCACACAGCAUUUUUAUUUUAAAGAACUUAAAAUGAAUGGAAGCUGCUGGGUGAUCUUUUUAGUCUAUGCUUGUAUUAUCAAUGCUAUAAUUGCAGUUUUACUGGCUGUGAAUUCUUCCGACCCUGUCUUGAAGCUAUUUUAAUCCUUUCCUAAAGUAGGGAUAAUUGGUAACUUAGUACAUAUUGUGGCAGUUAUGCCAAUGUUGCUAUAUGCUAAAAUAGACAUGCUCUUCCAUGGGUAUGGGAUAAUCAUCUAUUAACCUUUUAGUAGUGCCUUCCGGAGAUCAGCAUCUAUAGACUGUGAUCUAUUGAUUGUUUAUUGGGUCGACCAUUUGCUUCUGUCUUGUGGAUUCGGCUUUCCUAGAUCUGGCGUCUUCUGAUUUUUGAUAUCAAAAAUCCUGAUCAAUAGUAUAUUUUUUAUUAAUUUGUUUGGUCUGCCAGUUAAACACAACUGGUCUUGGUUUACUGUAAUUGAUGUCAAAGGAUAAAUUGUCACAAAGAAAUAGUCAAUCCAAUCUCAAAUCAUCUAGUAGUACCUCUAGUCAGAAGACAAUGCACUGAUGCCCUGAUUCAAGGGUGCCUGUUGAACUUCAGGGCGUCCAGAAUCUUGUGGCGUUACAUGGUCUUAAAGAUGUGAUUGAACUGCUUGAUGUUGCAAACCGCAGUUAAUAUAAGCUGCAACCGUCAUUAAUCUGAACUGAUAGUGCAGAUACUCUGUCUCCCUGAGAUCCAGAGAAAGAGUGUACUGAUUGACUACCAAUUUUAGUUGCUGCAGCAGUCUUGUUAAUAAGUGAUAUAGGGGACUGUGUGAAGAAGGACUUGUCGCAGAUAACAUUGGUCUUUGCCUUCCUUUCACAAGGUGAGAAUUUGCAUUAGCUGCCCCUCAGGAGUAGGUAAUGUUCACUGUGAAAAGACAAAAAGAAAUUGAGAAGAGAAGCAUUGCUUUUGUAUAAAAAUAAACUCAAAAGAGAAGGUGCAUUUAAAAACAAUGGCCUUGAUGUCCAUUUUAAAAAAAAAUUAGAAUUCGCUUUGUUCCAAUGGGUUAAAUUCCAAAAUUCAAGAGAGAAGCAAAUAGGCCUUGAUCUCCCUCAGGCUCUGCUGCUAUUUUGUGUGUUUCUGUAUCUACCCUUUGAGUAAUGCUUCACAUUUGAUUUUUGGAAAAGAGAGCUACUGCUGUUUGAACUCAGAGCCAUAGGAAUAUCUGCAGCAAUAUGUCUGUGAUUCACUGUAUAUAAUGUUUGUAUAUAGUCCAUGUACUAUGCACAUGGAUUUGUACAGGUGUUUUUCAGGUUUGGUUCUGUUGUAGUCUUAAUGUUUAAAAAUACAAAGUUAAGCUUGAUUCUAUGUUGGUUUAUGUAACUGCAAUUGCACAAAAUAAGGAAUUGAGUAUUGACACUGUUACAGGAACAUUGCACUGAAUCUUUAGAGCAUACUGUGAUCUUUUAUGUAGAGGUCACAUUUUGUAACAUUUUACAUGAUCUGGUUCAAUUUUUGAACCCAUAACAUGAAGGUGGCAGAUAUAUUGGAUGUCCUUUCUCCACCAUCCUGAAGAACAGAUUCUUUAGUGAAAGUGUGUAGUGGUCAUCAUAGCCCUGUGAUGUAUUAAAUUAAGGAAGACCAAUAAACCAAUUCAUUUACAAGAGGCA